GGCGGCGGCGGCGGCACCUGCGAGCGGAGGCCGGGGCUGGGCAUGGUGGUGCCCGCUGCGCUGUGAGAGCCGAGCGGCCGCGGGGACCGCCAUGCGCCGGCGGCCCUGACAUGGGCGCCAGCGGCUCCAAAGCUCGGGGCCUUUGGCCCUUCACCUCGGCAGCGGGGGGCGGCGGCCCGGAGGCGGCGGGCACUGAGCAAGCUUUGGUGCGGCCUCGAUCCCGUGCGGUGCCACCCUUCGUGUUCACGCGCCGCGGGUCCAUGUUCUAUGAUGAAGAUGGAGAUCUGGCUCAUGAAUUCUAUGAGGAGACAAUCAUCACCAAGAAUGGGCAGAAGCGGGCCAAGCUGAGGCGGGUACAUAAGAAUCUGAUUCCUCAGGGCAUCGUGAAGCUGGAUCCUCCCCGCAUCCAUGUGGAUUUCCCUGUGAUCCUCUAUGAGGUGUGAGCCUGGGGGUGGCAGACACAAGCACUCCCUGUCCCAGCAAGUAACUCAAGUGUGACUUCCACCGAGGAGUCCAGGCUGUGGCCACAACCCUGAAUAGACUCCAAUGGCCCAGAACUUUCAGCUGUGAGCAGGGCAAGUCCCUUGGUGUUAAUCAGGCAAUGGUUUGUUUGUGGGCAAGAGGUGGUUGGUGGCUGGUAAAGCUAAUGGCAAAGUUUCCAGUCUACCCUCCCCAACCACCCCUGCAAGAAGCAUGGCAGGCCACAUGCCAGUCAAGAAUGCCUGGUUGCAGGUUCCUUGCUUGGCCUGCUUUCUUCCAAGCUUGCCUAGGGCCCAACCCUGCUAGAAGCUACAGCACUUUACAAGCAAAGUCUGCCUUCUUCCAGCCCCUGGGCUGUGGGGGCUGAACACACGUGGGAACUUCCUUCCCUCACUUCCCUUACCCCCUAGUUGGAGCAUUUCAGCCGUUUGCUACCUCGAUUCCUCCUGUAUUGGACAGAGGUGGGGGCAGCACCAGCCUGAUUCUUCCUGCCUACCUGCCAUUUGUUCCCACUCUGGGAUGGACAGUUUACUAACUGUUCAUAGGAAUGGAUACUGGUGUUGGAGGCUUCUUCCUUCAAGCAGGGCUAGGCUGAUCCCUCCCCCCUGCAACUAGUUUUGCCCUCCUCCCCAGAUAAAAGGGUGCAAGCCAGGGUCGGGACGGGCUGUGCCUGUGGGGAGGUGUCUCAAGCCACCUGUUCUGUUCUAUCUCCCUAGCCUUUCCACCAGCUCCUUUUACCCUGUUUGAGAGGGACUGUCCAGUGGGGUGAACCACACAGUAGAGCUGGUGCCACUAUAAGGAACCCAACCACCCAUUCCCCUGAAAUCUCUUCACCUCUUCAGGAUCACUCAAGGGAAAGUACUGGAGCCCCCUUGAUAGGGACAGAAAGGAGGGAAAGACCAUAAAAGGAAUACUUAAAAUGUGAAGGUUUGUAAAUAAUCUAGUUCCAGGAUGAUGUUGGGGCAGAGUCUGAUUUCUAUAUAGAGAUGACUUCUUUUUUUUUUUUUUUUUUUUUUUUUAAUUCUUUAUUGUGUAAGCUUUGUGCUUCUGGAGUGUGGGAAAUGGCUUGGGGUGGGUGACCCCCAGCAUAGGAAGACUGUUGUUAUUUGUUCAAUUUCAAUAAAAUUAUUUGUAGAUCCUG